GUUGUCUAACAGCAAGUUUGCAGCAUGGAAGAACUCAACUCUUCUAUGGUUACCUUUAACAGCUCCUCUCAACCUGGAGAUCCUUCUCCUGCAUCAUGGGUCUCUGUCAAACUGGUCCCUGCGAUGGUGCUGUCCUUCUGCUUCUUGCUGGGAGUUCCUGGAAAUAUCGCUGUGAUCAUCUUCAAACCAAACUGGCAGCACCUGUCCAGUCUGAGCCAGAUUCUGAUGCUGAAUUUGGCCAUAUCAGAUCUGAUCUGCCUGCUCCCCCUGCCCCUUUGGAUUUACACUUUUCUGAAAGGCUGGACUCUCGGUUUGGUGGCCUGUAAGCUUCUGGCGUAUAUCAUGUACUGUAGCCUCUAUUCUAGCCUCCUGACAGUGACACUGCUGAGUGUCCAGCGCUACCUACAGGUGGUACAUCUGCAGAAAAUCUUCGAUCGCGCAGGAAGACGGAGGCUGCUGGUUCCCCUCUGGCUGGUUACCAUGAUCCUGUCUAUCCCAGCUUUAGUGGUUCGACAGGUGAUCGAACACCAGCAUGGGACAGACUGCCACUUCCACUUCUCUUCCCAGUCCCAGCAGGUGGCCGUGAUGCUGACAGAGACCCUGACUGGACUUUUUGCAAUUUUUGUUGUGGCAUUUUCAUACAUCGGCCUCCACAGAAAAGUGAACCAGGCAGCUUUCUUCAACAACCCACAGAUGACCCGGCUGGUCAUAAGUAUCAUUGUGACCUUUUUUGUUCUACGGAUGCCAUAUCAUAUCACAAAUGUGCUUAGAGUGGCAGCUAUUCUGCUAAAAAAUGACAGCCUGUUGAAGUUUUUCUUGAACAGCUACAACAUUCUUGCAGCAUUGGUAUUUGUGAAUAGCUGCCUUAAUCCCCUCCUUUAUGCUUUUGCUUUAAAAAACUAGGACUGUUGGUUAUGCAAAGAUAAAGAUGGUGAUGAUACAGGCACCCACACAUCAAUUGUUACUGUCAUCGUACUGAAAGAUGAUGUUUGUGGUCUGUAAGGUUAAUUAGAGUAAAUCAUCUGGAAGUUUCUUUUGCUAACAAAAUAUGAAUGUUUCACACAGCAGUGUGAUUGUUACUGGACAAAAGCGCACUGUAACAGUCCAUGGCUAAAAAUAGGACAGCUUCUUUUCUGUAAAUAUGUUGGUUGGGUUUAAUGUUUAAAUUUGGUAACUGACUUUCAUUGUUGUAAUGUUUUAAGUCACAUAUUUCAGUAGCCGCUCACCACACUGUUGUUGUUAGCUCUAUUUCACACAGAAACAGGAUCUUGAAUGCAAAUUAACCAUUCUCUUUACUAAAUCUCCAAAUUAUUUUUCUGACCUGACAUUUUUGUUUAUGCUCAUGCACACGGAACUCACGUAGGGGAAGACAACAAUCACGCACACACUCAUUUUGCUGUGUUCCAACUUGAGGAGUUACCCACAGCCAAUAACCAGAGUAUGCAGCCCGUUCUCAUACCCAGGUCAUCAAACUGCCACUUUGUCACAAAAAAACAAUAAAAUACAAGACACUGUUUUGGUGUCUGUAUGAUACAAAGUGUCAGCAUUUAACAUUGAGUAUAGAUUACAUCGCUGUGUGUUUUAAAGUAAAUCGCCUGCUGUGUACUGGUGUGUGAGUUGGCCAACUCACACACUUACCUUAAAAGUUAUUAUUUAUAAAAUAUUUAUACAUAGUGAAAUUAAUAUGAAAAGAAAAUACCUGCAUGUAAGGUAAGUGAAAGCGAGGACGAAAAAUGGGUGUGAUGAAAAGCAUGUGUGGUGCGUGAGAUUAGUCAAUUGCGUCCCCCUAAAUAUAUGAUGGCGACGCCAUCAUAUUGUCCCUGUGUGGCUAUGCUAAUUCGGCCUAGCAUGGCUAGCUUCACACAGUUGUCCAUAUGCACUCUUGCCUGCUCAUGUUUCUUAAUGCCGUUCUGACAUAUGUUUCAGGUCUGUCCCCCCUGUCUGUGUCCACGAGCUAUCACAAGCACUUGUUUUAAAAAGUAAGCAAGAGAAGCAAAAGAUUGCAUUGGUGUACCCACAGCUAGUUAGCCAAACCUUUUGAUCGUACUGUUUUAAGUCAGAUAUUUCAGUAGCCGCUCACCACACUGUUGUUGUUGUUGUUAGUUCUAUUUCACACAGAAACAGGAUCUUGAAUGAAAAUCAACAAUUCUCUUUACUAACCCUCCAAAUUGUUUUCCUGACCUGAGAUGCUUGUUUAUGCUCAUGCACAUGGAACUCACGUAGGGAAGACAACAAACACACACACACUUUUUUUGUUGGUUUCAUUAACUUUAUCUUGUGUGAAAUAAACAUUUGCGUGUUUAAAUGUGUAUCUUUUAAUAAAUGCUCUUUGUUCCA